CGCAUUUCCUCGCGUACCCCGCGUCCGCCAUCUGUCCUGCUCAUACCAUCUUCUGACCCACUCACUCCAAUUUCCCUCUGUAGCUAGCUGCUCAACAACAUCAUGCGGCUCGCCACGCGGUCUCUACAGGUCGCCCAGAGGACGCUGGUAGCGAGCAGGAGGAGAGCAUAUCACCCGAACGUCCUACCCUCACUCCUCUCGACAUCGUCACCGGAGUUCAAGGCAAAGUCGGAAGCUUUGGACGCGCUUGUGAGGGACCUAGAGGAGAAGUUCGCUGCUGUGAGGCAAGGCGGUGGUCCGAAGGCGGCGGAGCGGAUGAGGAGCAAGGGGAAGAAGCUGCCUCGGGAAAGGCUGGCGUUGCUGCUUGACCCACAUACACCGUUUCUUGAGCUGUCGCAGCUCGCGGCCCAUGACGUCUACGGCGAAUCCCUCCCCGCUGCCGGUCUCAUCACCGGCAUUGGCAGGGUAAGCGGACGAGAGUGCAUGAUAGUGGUAAACGAUGCUACCGUCAAAGGUGGUUCCUACUACCCGCUCACGGUAAAGAAGCAGCUGCGUGCCCAGGAGAUCGCUAAAGAGCACGGGUUGCCCACAAUCUAUGUCGUUGAGUCCGGAGGUGCCGCUCUCCCGCACCAAGCCAAUGUAUUCCCAGACAAAGAGCACUUCGGCCGCAUAUUCUACAACAUGGCGCAGAUGUCAGCGCUCGGCCUCCCCCAGAUAGCGAUCGUGCACGGCAUCUCCGUCGCGGGUGGUGCGUACGUCCCCGCUAUGGCAGACGAGAACAUUAUCGUGCGGGAGCAGGGCCGCAUCUUCCUUGCGGGCCCGCCGCUUGUGAAGGCAGCUACAGGCGAGGAGGUGGACGAGGAGACGCUUGGCGGUGGCUUGAUGCACUCGUCGGAAAGCGGCGUGACGGACCACCUUGCGCGAGACGAUGAACAUGCUAUCGCUAUCGCGCGUGGUAUUGUGAGCGACCUUGGUAAGGCAGGGUCGAAACCAGUUCCUCCACCUGCAACGCCCGAAAACCCAUUAUACCCAGCGCACGAACUGCAUGGAAUCGUUGGGACAGACGUCCGCCAAGCGUUCGAUAUGCGGGACGUGAUUGCAAGACUGGUCGAUGGCAGCCGUUUCCGAGAGUUCAAGAAAGAAUACGGCACAACCAUGGUCACGGGUUUCGCACACAUCCACGGCUACCCCGUAGGCAUAGUCGGCAAUAAUGGCAUUCUCUUCUCCCAGUCCGCGCUGAAAGCGACGCACUUCAUUGAGCUGUGUUCGCAACGCCAGAUCCCCCUCUUGUUCCUCGUGAACGUCACCGGGUACAUGGUCGGCUCAAAGGCGGAGAAGGGCGGUAUCGCGAAGGACGGCGCGAAGAUGGUCCGUGCCGUCGCAUGUGCGGACGUGCCCAAGCUGACCGUGGUGGUCGGCGGGAGCUACGGUGCCGGAAACUACGGCAUGUGCGGGCGCGCGUACGGGGGACGGUUCCUCUGGAUGUGGCCGAAUGCGAAGGUGUCUGUCAUGGGUCCUGGCCAACUCUCGCAGGUUAUGGCGCAGGUGUCGAAGGAUCCGACGAAACAUUCCUCGCUCAAGGACGAGAUCGAGCACCAGUCGACCGCGCUGUACGCCUCUGCGCGCCUCUGGGACGACGGUAUCAUCCGGCCAGUCGACACCCGGGACACCGUCGGUCUGGCGCUGGCUCUCGCAGCACGCGAGCGCGGAGGCCCAAGCGGUUCGGUGGGGCGUACGUCGCAUACGGCUUGGGACGGGGAUGCCAAGGGCUAUGGCGUCUUCAGGAUGUGAGGUGUUAAUACGGAAUGAGGCAGGUAGGAUCCGGAUAUGCAUGAAUAACAUGCGGUGUGGGACAAUUGUCAAUUGUAUAUAUUCCGAUUGCUGUGGGAUGGUACAGAACAAUCCUAACGCACACUUCUAGCACUAUAGCUACACACGACGUACAGGAGCACAAAGGGUUGAGGAUGGCAUGGCAGUCAAGCCCGCCUCUUUUUGCGGUUGGAAUCGCCGUCUUCGUCGACGUCCAUGGGAUCGACGUCGUUGAUCCGUUUUGAUUUGCCCAGAGAUAUGAUUUCAGGCGUUGCUGCGGGGGCAUUCCAAACGUGCAACUUAGAGUCCUCGCCGCCGGUGAGAAGGACGUUGUUUCUUUCAUCCCACAGCGCAGCCCGAACCACUCCAAUAUGACCUGUCAUCCAUGUACGCUGCAGGACCCAGGGGGCACUGGGAUCCGCGAAAGUCGGUCGAGUGAUCAGCGCAACGUCACCCUCGUUUGAACCGGCGAACACGCAUAGAUCGUUGUCCGCUUCCCCGAGGGGAUUUGCGGUGGCGUGGCAGCCGAUCAGGUAGUCGGUCACCCAGGUGAGGUCUUGUCUGUGCACGGAGGGCUGUCGGAUGUCGACGUCUUGGAGGCGAUCGAGCUCGCCAGUCCAGACGCUGAAGGUUUCCAUAUCGCUGGCCGCCCAUAUGCCGGGUCUGCCUGCACGGUCGUGCAGCCAGCCUGCUUGCGCAAUGCUGCAGCCCCAGUUUCCCACAUGCAGACCAGCCUCGUCCUCGUCGGACUCGAUGGCAUUUGAUGUGCACACGAGACCGUCCGACGACACCGACAAUAAUACAUUUCCAUUGCCUGAUGUCGAAAACGCCGAGGGCCGGUAGAAGUGCACCGCGGUGAUGUCAUCUGCAUGCGUGGACGAAUGUGUCCGCAAGGGCGCAGCUGGACUGCGCGGGUCCCAGUACAAGAUGGAUGCGUCCUCGCCAUGCAGAUCGGUGCCGGCGGCGAUGGUCAAUCCGUCAACGGAGACGUCACAGGAGAGCAGUCCGUGCACACCCCCGGCGGUUGAUGCAGUCAAGCGGAGGGCGGCAGAGCCAGCGCGCUCGUCCCAGACACGGACUGUGCCGUCCUUGCCUGAUGAGACAAGGGCGUGAGUGACAGCGUUGGCAACGUUCGGCACAGAUCUGAGGGUCGUGAUGGAGGAUGCGUGGCCCUGCAGCGUCUGCACGUUUCGGAGGCGUUCCUUGUCGAAGAAGUGGAUGGCGUUUGAAGGAGAAGAAGCAGCGGCAGCGUAGGAAGAGGGUAGCGAGGCAAUCAAGAGCACGUAGGCCUCAGCUGGGAGCUUUGCAGUACUCAGAGGCGUCGACGAUGAC